CAGAUAUUACACUUUAAAGAUAUUAUUGUGUACAUUAAUUUAUUUUUAGUGUAGAUUAGAUAUUUUCACGAAAGUAGUAAUAGAUAUUUAUACCAAAUAUCAAAUUGAGAAUCAGACAUUCUAAAUAAGUGUCAAUACAAUUAAGUAGAUUAUGAGUUAUUACAUGAAAAAAGAAAAUAAGAAAACACGAUAGGAAAUAUCUGCUACAAUGAGAGAAAAGAAACGAUUACUACAAUAAUUAAGAUAAAUACAAAGAAAGAGGUAAAAAAUGAACAUAUACGAAUAAUUAUUUUAAGAUAAUUUGAAAAGUGAUAAUACAUUUCAUAUGCUUGUAAUAGCACUAAACUCUUAACAGUGUAUCGAUUUAUACACGUUGAAAAAGCGGAAGAGGUACAUUCUCGUUUUCUUUUUUUGUCAAGUUCGUCUAGACGUUUCUGUUCAGCGUCUUGAGCAAGAAAGCGUCGAACUCGUAAACAAGUUAUAAAUGUUUUUCUGAAAGUCGCUAUCCUUGGUUUGAAAAAUUUUUUUUCCAUUCUCAAAAAAAUAACAUCAGAUUUCUUCUCUUCAACCUCAGAAUCUCUGCGGUAAAUUUUUAUAAAAAAAAAUUUUUUUCAUAAAAAAAUGGGUCUUUGUCUCAAAAAAAAUUUUUUAAUGAAAAAUUUCAAAAAAUAGCAUCAGAUUCGAAGUCUCCGCAUCGAAAUGCAUCUGGAAAUGUCUUUUCGAAAAAUCGAUUUUCAAUGUUUUUUUGACCCUGCGGACAUACAAGCAAACAAGCAAGCAAACAAUUUAUGUUUCUAAGACUCUUCUCUACGAGAAAGAGAAUAUAUAAUUUCAUCUCUAUUGACUUGACGGAUCAUAUUGGGUUACUUUAGUAGCGACAUCUGUCGUGUAUCCAAGUACCCAUAGAAAGUUUUAAAACUGUCAAGAAUGACGGACCGUUAAUCAGAACUUUGAACACCCCUAUUUUGACAUGGAUAAGCUCUCCGUACACUCCUAUAUAAAGAAUCGCUCGCUUCUGGAUUUAGCCGCUACGGAAAUUCAUGAUGAAUUGGUCACUGCUUAUGGUCCAUAUGUAGUAUCAUAUUGCACAGCCGCACGUUGGAUUCGUCGAUUCUCCAGUGGGCGGGAGUCAUUCUACGAUGAUCAUCGAGUCGGUCGACCAAUCACCAUGGUUACUCAACGGAACAUCGACGGUAUUGAAGACUUAGAGCGUGAAGAUCCCCUAUAA